UCUGAGAAAACAUUCGCUUUCUAAAAAAAACAAAGACAUUUACGUCAUUUCAGAAAUAUCUGCCUUCAAAGUACAACCUUCAAGUCGAAGUUUUUCCUGGUUUCUUUCGAGCUUCUCCCCCCCCCCCCCCAACCCCCUCUCUGCAAACUUUUAGCAGAAAUGGAGAGCUAUGAGAGCCCAGAAGCUCAGGAGGCUUUUCGAAGAGCUCGAAUCAGGCUUAUGGCCAAGAAAGCAAAGACCAAGGAGAUCUUGUCCAAGCAAGCUGUGAAGCUGGCUAAGCAAGCGGAAGAGCAUGAACGAUUCAUCAACAAGGUCACUCAUCUGCUUGGUGUUCUGGGUUUUGGGGCGUUCUGCUUCCUUUUGGGAUCCAGGCCACAAGAUAUACCAUACAUCUACUGUUUGUUCUAUGUGACAUUUGUUCCUCUUCGAUGGAUAUAUUAUCGAUUCAUGAAGUGGCAUUAUUACCUUCUGGACUUUUGCUACUAUGCCAAUACAAUUUUCUUGUUUAUGCUUCUUUUAUACCCAAAAAAUGAAAAGCUAUUCAUGGUGUGCUUCUCAUUUGCUGAGGGCCCACUAGCCUGGGCGCUGAUUGUUUGGCGUUGUAGCCUUGUUUUCAGUUCAUUGGACAAGAUUGUUAGUGUGCUGAUACACCUCUUACCUGGUAUUGUUUUCUUCACCAUACGGUGGUGGGACCCAACUAGACUUGGUGAUGUUGAUGCCGGACAACAAGCAGGCGUCAAGGCUGCAUGGCCCUCUGUCGAGGACAAUGCCGAAUUGUGGACUUGGCUAUUUUGGGUUCCUUUAGUCGCUUACACCCUUUGGCAGCUGCUUUAUUUCCUCAUUGUUAAUGUACUUCGGCGGCAAAGACUACUGAGAGAUCCUGAAGUCAUGACCUCUUAUAGGGAGCUAUCCAAGAAGGCGCAAAAAGCAAACAACAUCUGGUGGCGUCUGAGUGGUGUUCUCGGCGACCAAAACCGAGCGCUCAUGUACAUUGUUCUCCAAGGUGCCUUCACUGUUGCUACAACUGCACUCACAGUCCCCAUCUUCAAGUCAUACAAGAUGCACUUCACUUUCCAAAUUCUCAAGGUCUCAGCAUCAGUGUGGAAUGGAGGGAGCUUCUUGCUCGAGGUAAUGCCACGCCAGGUAGUUCUCAAGGAGAAGAAGAAGCUUGAGAUGCAGCCGAUCACCAUUCCCAUUGAUCAACCUGUUGAAAGUGUACCAAUGAACAUGGAGAAAAACGAGUGUAAUAGCCUGGAUCCACCUGAUGCAGAACCCUUGUGUAGGACAAACUCUUUGUAGAAAUCCUUUAUCUUACUACUUAUGAAACUACACAAAGUGUGUGUUUUCAGGAACAUCAGUUUUUGGGCUAACAUGGUUGCAUUGGUGAUAAGGGUGGUUGUUGGUGAUUAUGGUUCAUGAACUUUUAAGGAUCUCGAUCUAUAAAAAAGAAUGUAUAAUGAAUUUGAAGCUACUUUUUCGAAUCUCUUUAUCCUCACAUCUUUGCUAAUUGUGAUAGCUCUAAUACCCAUUUAGAUUAUUCUUUUCAGAAUGCCCUGUAAAACUCUCUGUGGCAAGCCCCUUUUCUUAUUGCCAAGGAAGAAGUUCUCUUUUCUCUU